AUGCCUGGCAUUGUGGAUGCUAAGGAAUCAGAGCGCCAGAGAGUCUUCUUCGACAUUGCCAUUGGCGGCGUCAAGAAGGGCAGAAUCGCCUUUGAGCUGUACAAUGACAUCGUACCUAAGACGGCCGAGAACUUCCGUGCUCUCUGCACCGGCGAGAAGGGUGAGACUAAAUCCGGGAAGCCAUUGCACUACAAGGGCUCGAGCUUCCACCGUGUCAUCAAGCAGUUUAUGAUCCAGGGUGGAGACUUCACAGCGGGUAAUGGUACAGGUGGUGAGAGCAUAUACGGGGAGAAGUUCGAUGACGAGAACUUUGAGAAGAUUCACGACAAGCCGUUCUUGCUGAGUAUGGCGAACGCGGGACCUGGCACCAAUGGCUCCCAAUUCUUCGUCACGACGGUACCCACACCACAUCUCGACAACAAGCACGUAGUCUUCGGCGAGGUCAUCAACGGCAAGAGCAUUGUCCGAGAAAUCGAAAACCUCAAGACACAGAGCGGCGACAAGCCCUUCCACGACGCCACCAUCAUCGACUGCGGUGAGCUCACCGGCGAGGACUACACCAAAGCCACAGAAAAGGUCCCCGAUCAAACCGGUGACCCCUACGAAGACUUCCCCGAAGACCAGAAGCCCGCAGAUGAAGAGUGGAAAGGCAACGACAUCCUCGCCAUCGCGACAGCCCUCAAAGAUCUCGGCAAUAAAGCCUUCAAAGCCGGAGCGCUCCAGCUCGGCAUCGCAAAGUACCAAAAGGGCCUUCGCUACCUGCACGAAUACCCCACCCUCCUUGACUCAGACCCCAAGGAACUCGGCACGCAGCUCAACGCUCUCAAAAUCUCGCUCUACCUCAACUCCGCGCUGCUGCAGAACAAGGUCGGGCAAUUUGCUGAGGCGGCCGAGAACGCAGGCAAGGCGCUGGAGAUUGAGGGGAUCAACGAAAAGGAUCAGGCCAAGGCGUAUUUCCGGCGAGGCCAGGCGAGAGUAGGACGCAAGAAUGAGGAAGAGGCGUUAGAGGAUUUGGAGACGGCGGGGAAGUUGGCGCCAGGGGAUGCGGCGAUUACGAAGGAGUUGGAGGGGGUGAAAAGGAGGGUUAAGGAGAGGAAGGAGAAGGAGAAGAAGGCGUAUAAGAAUGCGUUCAACUUCUAG